AUGUAUCUCCGCACCGUCCACGCCGAAGGCCAAAUCCCCCUUCUGCAACAAUUCAUCCGUGACAACCCACUAGGAAUCCUCACAACAGCAAUCAAAUCCCCAUCGCACGCCUUCAUCCAAUCAAGCCAUAUCCCCUUCGUGCUGGACACCCCCUCCUCAAACGAUGACCGUUUCCCAGACGGCAUCCUACGCGGGCACAUCGCAAAACAAAACCCACAAGCAAAAGCCCUAAUGGAAGCGCUGGCAGAACAAAACGCGCAAGGAAACAACACCCUCGAACUCGCUGACGAAGUCCUAAUCCUCUUCAAUGGCCCGCACCACCACUACGUCACACCGAAGUUCUACACAAAAACAAAGCCAGAAUCCGGCAAGGUUGUCCCGACGUGGAACUACUCCGCCGUGCAAGCGUACGGCAAGAUUAGCGUAUACUGCAAUUCCAAGGCUGAAGAGACAGGCGCGUUCUUGCAGAAGCAAAUUGAGGAUUUGUCGCGACAGUCUGAGCGGGAUAUUAUGGGAAAUACGGGUGGUGAGAAGCCGACUCCGUGGGAGGUGUCUGAUGCGCCGGUUAACUAUGUGGAGCUGUUGAAGAAGAAUAUUAUUGGGAUCGAGAUUCGGGUUGAGAGGUUGCAGGGGAAGUUCAAGAUGAGUCAGGAGAUGAGUAAGGGUGAUCGGGAUGGGGUUGUCAAGGGGUUCGAGGAGUUGGGGUCGGAGGUUGGGAAUGGUAUUGCUGCUUCUGUGAGGGAGCGUGGUGAUUUGAAGGAUCUGCGAUAA